AUGGCCUGGAUAACUGAGGAUCUCUUACAGGGCUUCCCUGAUCUGGCUCCCUCACAUACUAAUCUUGCUGGGAAACUGCAUUUCCUCUUUCUUUCUCUCCACUUUUGCAAAACCUGCUUGCCCAUGACAUCCCACGAGAAGGAGCCUUCUCCCACCAUCAUCACCGUCAGGCCUCCUGUGGUCCCCCAGGACUAUAUGAUUUGGUCAGUCUUCAACACCCUCUAUAUGAAUAUCUGCUGUCUGGGCUUUGUAGCUCUUGCCUAUUCUGUCAAGACUCGGGAUCAGAAGGUGACUGGGGAUCUGGAAGCUGCUCAUCGCUAUAGUUCCAAAGCCAAAUGCUACAACAUCCUCGCCACAAUGUGGAGUGUGGUGCUGCCAUUGGUGCUGAUUGCUUUGGUGAUUACGGGGGUCCUUCACCUUUCCAAGCUGGCUCAGGAGUCCAUGGACUAUUUGGCUUACAGACUCUUCCCAGAGGAUGUUGAGGACAAAAAGUGA